AUGUAUUCGUCGUCAAACUCAUUCCUGGGCGGCACAAACAGUGCACGCCCAGGCCCUGGUGGCUUUGGACAGCAGCAGUCCUUUGGUUCCUUCAACCAAGCUCCCCAACAGCAAUCUCCCUUCGCUCCGCAGCCUACUGGCUUCCCCGGACAGCUACAAGCACAGCAAACUGGGUUUCCAGGAUAUGGACAACAGCAGCAGAGCUUCCCAGCUCCCGUUCAACAACCUCAAUUCACGGGAUAUCCUGCCCAGAACCAAUCCCAACCGUCCCAGUUCCCUCAGGCACCACCUUUCCAGCAGCAGCCCUCCUUCCAAGCUGCACCUCAAUUACAGCAACAGCCUACAGCUGCCCCCAUUCGGCCUCAGCAGACAUCCUCGCAGAUUGCGUCUUCAUUCACUGCCGGAUCCUCCACCGCCGCCCCUUCUAACCGACGCGCAACGAAGAGCUCGAGUAAGAUUCCGAAUAUCCGGCUGUCGUUCAUUACAGCCACAGAUCAGGCCAAAUUUGAGCAAUUGUUCAAAUCUGCAGUUGGCGAUAGUCAGUCGUUGGAUGGCGAAAAAGCUAGGGAUUUGCUGCUGAGGUCUAAAUUGCCCGGAAGCGACUUGUCACGGAUAUGGAUCUUGUCAGACACUACCAAGUCAGGGCGACUCCUGUUCCCGGAGUUCGCUUUGGCCAUGUAUCUGUGCAAUUUGAGGUUGACCGGAAUAGAACUGCCCCCUGUUCUGCCGGAGAAGAUCAGGAACGAGGUAUCAAGCAUGGUUGACAUAAUCUCGUUUGGUGUGCCGGACGAUAGGCCUCCUCCGCCGUCUCGAACCAACGUGCCCGAUUUCGACGCCCCUUUAAGACAGAAUGCUGUCUCUCCUCCUGCCCCGCAAGCACCACAACCACAGCAGCCGUCAAAUCAACAGCUACUGUCGCAACUCACUUCUCAGCCAACGGGUUUCUACAAUCAAGCAACGGGAUUCCAACCUGGCCUCCAGCCACAACCGACAGGGUUCCCUGGGAUGCCUCAGGGUAUGCAAGCGCAACCGACAGGAUUCUUGACCAAUCCCCAGCCCACCGGUUAUGGUGGUCCUCGCCCACCGCUUCCUCCCAUGCCGACUGGCUUCGGAAACAAUAUGUCGCCCCAACAAACUGGACCUUUGCAGGCGCAGCCGACGGGGAUACCUGGACAAUGGGGGUUCAUAAACACCCCCGCAGGAGGCCUGCCGAAUAUCGAAGCUCUCCAGCAACGAUUGAUGCCCCAGUCGAGCCGGGAAGGUGGCUAUACAACCCAAGGUCUGGCCGGCAGCGCCAAAAUUCCUUGGGCCAUCACCAAAGAGGAGAAGAAGAUAUAUGAUCAGCUCUUCCGUGCCUGGGAUGGAUUGAGUAAAGGAUUCAUUUCCGGAGACGUGGCGAUUGAGAUCAUGGGCCAGAGUGGGCUUGAUAGGUCGGACCUGGAAAGCAUCUGGACGCUGUCUGACCCUACCAACAGAGGCCGGCUGAACAUGGACGAGUUUGCUGUGGCCAUGCAUCUCAUUUACCGAAAAUUGAAUGGCUAUCCUGUCCCCGCUCGGCUACCACCCGAGCUAAUACCACCAUCGACCCGGAACAUCAACGAGUCGAUCAACACUGUCAAAUCUCUUCUCUCGCAUGAUGCCGAAGCCAGGAAAUCAUCUGGGGCAUUCUUGCAGCCCCAAAAAACCGGUGUGAGCUACCUCAAGAAUCAUUCAUUCCGCAGCGCUUCUAGCUCCCCUGGUUUUGGUCGUAAAGACGCUACUGUCUUCCGCAACAACGAUGACGACAUUGGAUACCGAUCCAGUGCAAGACGUCGCCUUGGAGUUGGCGGCCGAACGCCGUCUCCUGCCCAGUCAUCUGAGCUGUCUGAAUCGUACGAUGACUUGACCCCUGACCAAAUUCGGAAGAAGAUUCGUGAGAAGAAAAUUCUUUUGGAUGCCACAGACUUUCAGGACGAAAGACAAGCAGAGGAUGAGGACGUUCUAGAUCGGAGGGAUAGACGAGAGGCGGAGGAUCUCUUUCGACAGAUUCGCCGCGUGCAAGAUGACAUUGAUACUCAUCCCAAUUCCGGUCUGGUUGGAUCGGACACGGGGGCAGAGAGGAGAGCAUUACGCAGGGAGUUGCAGCGGCACCAAGAUCGUUUACCUGUGUUGGCAUCCAAUGUUCGAAAAGUCGAGAAGAGCAUCGCAGAGGCCAGAGUGCAGCUGUUCCGUUUGAAGGAUGCCAAAGCUCAUCCGAACAGCGCUUCAAAUAUUGUUGGGACGGGUCCCGGCGGUGCAGUAACUGAGGCUGAUCGUAUCAAAGCACGUGCGAGGGCCAGGAUGCAGGCCCGAGCCGCGGAACUGGCAGGUCGUCCAGUUCCAACAACUGAUGACGAGGGUGCUGCGCAAAGACGCCUAGAGCAAGAAACAUUGAAGGUCAAGUCCGAACAAGAGAGGCACGAAAGCAUGACUCGAGAUGUGGAGGAGAGUGUCAAGGACUUCGUUUCAAGCCUUGAAGAUGGCUUGCGCGAUCAAGGUGAAAGUGCAACUCAGGAGCAUGAACGCAGAAGAUGGGAGGAAGCCUUAGGAGUGGAAGAUGAAGUCAAGGAGCUUAUCUAUGAUCUGCAGAGAAGCAGCAGGACUGCCAAAGUCCGCAAAGAGGAGCAAUCACGCUCUGUGCGACAGCCGGCUGCCGAUCAUACUCGUGACAUCCAAGAGCCGAAAUCCUUGAACGGCGAUUUGCCUUCUAGGCCAGCGCCAACCACCACUCUGUCGUCGUCUUCACUCACAGCUGGCCAGUCUCAGCAGGACCGUAUCGCAUCCGCCAAGGAGAAGGCAUUGAGACGUAUCCAGGAACGCAUGGCAGCAGCAGGUCUCAAGCCAGCUGGCGAGACUGGCGAAACGCUGCAACAACGACAGGAACGUGAGAAGCAAGAACGAGCCGAAAGACUCCGUAAGGCCGAGGCCGAAGAUGCAAAGCGCGAGGCAGAGAGACAACAGAGAUUAGCUAGUGAGGGAGUGGCACCUCCCAGCCCGAAAGCCGUAAAGGCGCCGCCGCCACCGCCUACUCGAAAGACGAGACAGGACAGCGCCGACACUUCGGACCGGAAAGCUGCAGAGGCGUCAAUCCGCGCUAAAGCAGAAGAAGAGGCAGGGGCACAGAUUCGGGCAGAGCAGCAAGCCCAAGAACAGGAGCGGAGAAGACUUGAGACUCAAACUAAACAGCAAGAGGACGAGCUUGAAAAGGAACGCGAAGCUGCUCAAGCUCGUUUGCGAGCACUCGAGGAGCAGGUUAAGGCCGGCAAAGUCAAGAAGCAGGAGGAGAAGGCUCGGAAGAAGGCAGCGGAGAAGGAGGCCAAAGAGAAAGAAGCCAAGCUCGCUGCGCAGCGAGCUGAGCUCGAAGCCGCCAAGGAAAGAGAACGACAACUCCAACUACAGCUCGAGCAGCUAGGUGACUCGUCGUCUGACGACGACGAAGGUCCAGAGCAAGUCACUCCCCAAGAGAGUACACCAGCAACGAGCCAAGUUCUCUCGAGUACGAUUUCGUCCCCUCCACCAGCACCUCCGCUUCCAGCGCCAUCCACAAGCAACGGUCAUGAACAUACGCCGGUUUCAAGCCCACCUACCGAAGAGUCGAAGAACCCAUAUUUCAAGAAGCUAUCACUCUCUUCGGAGAGUACCCCGCCAGUCUUCUCACCACCUCCUGAGCAACAUGCUCAACCCUUCUCACCUCCUGCACCACCCGCACCGCCAGCCGAUCUGCAUUCGACCAACCCGUUCCACAGGAUGGCCCAACAGGAGGCCACUAAGCCAGUGACCCCCAGCUUUACCGGUGCACAGUCGCGCCGUCGUCCAGAAGAGGAUGAGUGGUCGGCAGCUGGCUCUGACAAAGGGGACUCAAGUGAUGAAGACGAACCUCAUACCAGUGGAUCAGCGAAGCAUUUGGCCUCAAUUCUGUUCGGUACUAUGGCACCGCCGCGACCUCUUUCUGCAAUGGAUAGCAAGCCUUCUACACCAGUUCAGGAGCCAGUACCUGCUCCUGAAGUGACGGGGUCCCCUCCACCACCUCCACCAAUGCCGGCUAGCAGUGCUCCGUCAGCACCUCCGCCGCCGCCGCCCAUGCCUGGUUCUGAAGCACCAAGCGCGCCUCCUCCUCCGCCACCCAUCCCAGAGUCUGGAGCCUUCGGCGCACCUCCUCCGCCUCCACCAUUCCCUGAAACUACAGCUGGAGGUCCGCCUCCACCUCCUCCAAUGCCUGCACCUGCUCGUGCUGGCACGGCCGAUAUAGGGUCGCUUCUGGGCGAAAUCAAGAAAGGGAAGGGAUUGCGCCAUGCUGAGACAAAUGAUCGUAGCACAAGCAGUGUGGCAGGGAAGGUUUUGAGUUGA